AUGCCACAGAUGGUAUGUUGCCAAGGCAACACAGGAAAGACCUAUGCUGUUAAUCACAUGGUUAAUGGGUCUGUAGCUCCACCAUGCUCUUGACCUUUGUGUUCCCCCUCCACAGCUCCAUUUUGAAGUGCCCCUCUCUCCUGUGAUUGCACCAAAGAAGGCCCGGCCGUCUGACACGGUGUCUGAUGAGGUAGGUAUGGGUUACCACAAAAGCUGAGGAACAUAUGCACAUCCAGCUACUUUAUGCAGGUGAUGGAGUUGUAGGUGAACUCGUGAAAAAUGUAAAGGAAAAUGUGCCAUAGGCCAUGCUGUACGUGGAAGUCAUUAGAUGUCACCAGUUCCUGUGACUUUCAAGCUCUGAAUCCAGACGGGUUAAAAGGAGGUAGCGAUGAGGGCAACUUCUGAGUGAAUUUGUUUUUCUGUAAUGCUUAAUAGGAAUACAGUAAUAUGUUGAGUGCAUACAUACAGGUAACUGACAAAAUAAAGGAAACACUUCAGUAAACGAGGGAUAUAAAGUAUAUUGAAAGCAGGUGCUUCCACACAGGUGUGGUUCCUGAGUUAAUUAAGCAAUUAACAUCCCAUCAUGCUUAGGGUCAUGUAUAAAAAUGCCCAGUUGCCCAUUAUUUUGGCUGCCAUGGCUAGAAGAAGAUAUCUCAGUGACUUUGAAAGAGGGCUCAAAGGAGCAUAGGGGUUUUAAAGGGUGUGUCUCUCAGUCACCAGAUCUCAACCCAACUGAACACUUAUGGGAGAUUCUGGAGCAGCGCCUGAGACAGCGUUUUCCACCACCAUCAACAAAACACCAAAUUAUGGAAUUUCUCAUGGAAGAAUGGUGUCCCAUCUGUCCAAUAGAGUUCCAGACACUUGUAGAAACUAUGCCAAGGCGCAUUGUUGCUGUUCUGGUGGCUCGUGGUGGCCCAACACCCUAUUAAGACACUUUAUGUUGGUGUUUCCUUUAUCUUGGCAGUUAACUGUAGUUCACUACUUUGAAAUGAUUAAAACCCAAGUUGCUUAAUUUUUUAUUUGAAAUUCUGUUCCAAGUGCAGUAUAAUACAGUGGGGGGAAAAAGUAUUUAGUCAGCCACCAAUUGUGCAAGUUCUCCCACUUAAAAAGAUGAGAGGCCUGUAAUUUUCAUCAUAGGUACACGUCAACUAUGACAGACAAAUUGAGGGAAAAAAGUCCAGAAAAUCACAUUGUAGGAUUUUUAAUGAAUUUAUUUGCAAAUUAUGGUGGAAAAUAAGUAUUUGGUCACCUACAAACAAGCAAGAUUUCUGGCUCUCACAGACCUGUAACUUCUUCUUUAACAGGCUCCUCUGUCCUCCACUCGUUACCUGUAUUAAUGGCACCUGUUUGAACUUGUUAUCAGUAUAAAAGACACCUGUCCACAACCUCAAACAGUCACACUCCAAACUCCACUAUGGCCAAGACCAAAGAGCUGUCAAAGGACACCAGAAACAAAAUUGUAGACCUGCACCAGGCUGGGAAGACUGAAUCUGCAAUAGGUAAGCAGCUUGGUUUGAAGAAAUCAACUGUGGGAGCAAUUAUUAGGAAAUGGAAGACAUACAAGACCACUGAUAAUCUCCCUCGAUCUGGGGCUCCACGCAAGAUCUCACCCCGUGGGGUCAAAAUGAUCACAAAAACGGUGAGCAAAAAUCCCAGAACCACACGGGGGGACCUAGUGAAUGACCUGCAGAGAGCUGGGAACAAAGUAACAAAGCCUACCAUCAGUAACACACUACGCCGCCAGGGACUCAAAUCCUGCAGUGCCAGACGUGUCCCCCUGCUUAAGCCAGUAGAUGUCCAGGCCCGUCUGAAGUUUGCUAGAGUGCAUUUGGAUGAUCCAGAAGAGGAUUGGGAGAAUGUCAUAUGGUCAGAUGAAACCAAAAUAUAACUUUUUGGUAAAAACUCAACUCGUCGUGUUUGGAGUACAAAGAAUGCUGAGUUGCAUCCAAAGAACACCAUACCUACUGUGAAGCAUGGGGGUGGAAACAUCAUGCUUUGGGGCUGUUUUUCUGCAAAGGGACCAGGACGACUGAUCCGUGUAAAGGAAAGAAUGAAUGGGGUCAUGUAUCGUGAGAUUUUGAGUGAAAACCUCCUUCCAUCAGCAAGGGCAUUGAAGAUUAAACGUGGCUGGGUCUUUCAGCAUGACAAUGAUCCCAAACACACCGCCCGGGCAACGAAGGAGUGGCUUCGUAAGAAGCAUUUCAGGGUCCUGGAGUGGCCUAGCCAGUCUCCAGAUCUCAGCCCCAUAGAAAAUCUUUGGAGGGAGUUGAAAGUCCGUGUUGCCCAGCGACAGCCCCAAAACAUCACUGCUCUAGAGGAGAUCUGCAUGUAGGAAUGGGCCAAAAUACCAGCAACAGUGUGUGAAAACCUUGUGAAGACUUACAGAAAACGUUUGACCUGUGUCAUUGCCAACAAAGGGUAUAUAACAAAGUAUUGAGAAACUUUUGUUAUUGACCAAAUACUUAUUUUCCACCAUAAUUUGCAAAUAAAUUCAUUAAAAAUCCUACAAUGUGAUUUUCUGGAGAAAAAAAAUCUCAUUUUGUCUGUCGUAGUUGACGUGUACCUAUGAUGAAAAUUACAGGCCUCUCUCAUCUUUUUAAGUGGGAGAACUUGCACAAUUGGUGGCUGACUAAAUACUUUUUUCCCCCACUGUAUUUAUAGAUGUAUAAAAAAAAAGCAAAUGACGAAGUGAAGUUGACUGUAAGGUAACCUGUAGUGCAUUCAUGUGGAAUGUGAGUGGUGUUAAGAAAGCCAUGGGCUGAAGUGACGUGACGCUGCACUGUAGCAUGGAAUCCUGGCAGGGGUCAUGGCCCAGGUUCGGGAGUGCGCAGUUGAGAUCGGGAGGAGUCGUGUAGAGUUCACCCUCUGUUACUUAAGAAAGGAAGUGCAUGUAGAGGUCCUCAGGAAAUGGAUGAUUCAGACCAGGCAAAAAUAUUGGUCCUUAGGAAUUUAAUUUAACACUGGGUGUCUGUGUGUGUCUUUGGAUGUGUGUGUGUGUGUGUGUGUGUGUGUGUGUGUGUGUAUAUAAUCCAGCAGGACUGGGACUACAGUGCUCAGACUACCACAGACAGAUGGUGUUAGGACAUGUGUGUGGUGCUGUGAGUCUGAAGUCUACCGAAACCUCUGGUUGUGAACAGUCUUCCUGCCCUGCGUCUGGACCCCUCUGCCCCGCUCUUCCCCCCACAUCCCAGCCCCUGUAUGUGCUGCACCUGCUCUAUGAGGAGCUGAAGAUGGACGAGGAGCGGGGGAGCGGGGGAGCGGGGCGGCGAUCACUGGUGGGCCUCCUGCAACAGCUGGCCAGGUACUGGAUGUUCUGUGUCUUGACAAUCGGAAACCCAGAAAUCUUGCUUAAUUGCGUCAGAUGCUUGAUUAGGUUCUGGGGGGAGAUGUAUGAGAAAAGCUACUAACCAGUCUAGUGAAGUCUCCACCCCCCUAAAUGAAACUCUCAGUCAAAGAAUGGGCCACUCUCCUUCCGGAAUUCGAAAGCUGCGAAAACCUGCAAAAUCGUGAUUUGUCCAAAUGAUCAGUGACUAAUAAUCGGUGUUAGUCGUCGCAUCCCACAGUCUGUUGACAGACGUUACGAUACCAUCCUAUUGUUACGUGCGUCUGUCCACGAGUGAUAAACUCUCAAAUGACCUCUGAAUGGCUGACGCAAACUAAAGCAGGUCGCAGGUACAUAUUUUUAAUUAAUCUAUUCAAUUCAGUACAAACACAACAAUUUUCAUGAAGCUCUUAAACAUUUAAAUUAAAAAGUAUGCCUGAUGAAGCACUGCUCAAUGAAACCAGAUGAAUAUGAUCUUGUAAAACGUGUAUAUUAACAGGAUUAGAAAAUGGCAUUAAAAGGUUUCAAGUAAGUCAAGUGGCCUUUUCAGCAGUCCCAUUGACAUUUUAAAAGAAGAGCUGAAGUGGUAGAAUCAACUGGCACUUGAAUUGCUUAGCCGUUAUUUGGGCCUUGUUUAGUGUCCUGGUCAUUUAGUGUUACCAGGCUGGUAGACACAACAGUUAGUGCUUCAGCCAAUAGAGUACAACAGUAUGAUUCAUAAUACCCAUAACAGGGAAACAGUUCCAAUCGUUUUUCCUCCAUUCAUUCUUCCCAUAGGGGAUUUUAGAAACACUUAAAAUAAGGGCUGUGUUUUGUGUAGGCUUACCCUGGCGUGACGUUUUGAUAACCGUGCAAACCUUUCUAAGACAAGGUGACUUUUUAUCAAUAUAUUCACCUUUUUUUCAUUGUCAUUGCUAUACAUACUGUAUAAAGAGUUACAGUAGCUAAACUAAAGCACAAACCAAUCUGGCAACCCGGCUAGGCCUGUGUGGCAAUGACCUCACUACAGCUAACCCAGCCUGAAACCCCCACAUUACAAGCAGAAGUAUUAGUGGGUCUUAAAUAGGGUUGUUACGGUUACCGUAUUACCGCCACACUGGCGGUCACGAGCCAUGACCGCAGUCAAAUUCCGCGUGACCGUUUAUUCAUGGUAACUAGGCUUCUCCAAGCUCUGAUGCUGAUCAUUAGUAGCCUACCAAACAUGAUAACUGCCGUGUACUCAGCACUCUAUUGUCCCUCUAAUCACUCUGACAUCAAUGCAAAUGUAUUUGAAAAUCAAAUCAAGCACUUCAUGAGAGCCCAUGGGCUCAUGUUGCGCAAUAUUUUUAUAGGCAAUGCAAUUGCAUGAGAAAACAGAGUUUUGAUGGCCUCUAUUAAAAAGAGGAUCCCAUCUGCUUUCUAUAGGCUAGGCCUACUAUAUUUAUUUAUUUAUCAACUUUCCUAAUAUUAAGCACAUUGCUUCACUUUACAACAGGAGUAUAGCCUACCUGGCUGGUAUGAAAAUGAACCACGGGAAAAGCUCCUCCAUUCGCUAUUUAAGUGCAUAUAUGACAUAUUUUUUCCCCCAUGCCCCUGUUCCGAGACAGGUGCAUGGUAAUGGUCCAUUCUAAAUAAAAACGAAUUUAACACAUGUAUUAUUUAGUCUGAUGGGUGAAAAUAUUAGCCUAUCACUUGUGAAUGAUGUAUUAUCACUUGUAAAUGAUGCCCAGCGUGUGCAGCAAGGCAAGAAACAGCGCAUGCCUUUUUUUGGCUACUUUCUCAAAUCAUAGUUGCACACCACACAGUGCAUUCGGAAAGUAUUCAGACCCCUUGACUUUUUCCACAUUUUGUUAUGUUACAGCGUUAUUCUAAAAUGGAUUAAACAUUUUUUUCUCAUCAAUCUACACACAAUACCCCAUAAUGACAAAGUGAAAACAGGUUUUUAGAAAUGUUUGCAAUUCUAUAAAAAAUGUAAAACAGAAAUACCUUAUUUACAUAAGUAUUCAGACCCUUUGCUAUGAGUCUCGAAAUUGAGCUCAGGUGCAUCCUGUUUCCAUUGAUCAUCCUUGAGAUGUUUCUACAACUUGACUGGAGUCCACCUGUGGUAAAUUCAAUUGAUUGGACAUGAUUUGGAAAGGCACACACCUGUUUAUAUAAGGUCCCACAGUUGACAGUGCAUGUCAGAGCAAAAACCAAGCCAUGAUUUCAAAGGAAUUGUCCGUAGAGCUCCGAGACAGGAUUGUGUCGAGGCACAGAUCUGGGGAAGGGUACCAAAACAUUUCUGCAGCAUUGAAGGUCCCCAAGAACACAUUGGCCUCCAUCAUUCUUAAAUGGAAGAAGUUUUGAACCACCAAGGCUCUUCUUAGAGCUGGCAGCCCGGACAAACUGAGCAAUCAGGGGAGAAGGGCCUUUGUCAGGGAGAUGACCAAGAACCCGAUGGUCACUCUGACAGAGAUCCAGAGUUCCUCUGUGGAGAUGGGAGAACCUUCCAGAAGGACAACCAUCUCUGCAGCACUCCACCAAUCAGGCCUUUAUGGUAGAGUGGCCAGACGGAAGCCACUCCUCAGUAAAAGGCACAUGACAGCCCGCUUGGAGAUUGACAAAAGGCACCUAAAGACUCUGACAAUGAGAAACAAGAUUCUCUGGUCUGAUGAAACCAAGAUUGAACUCUUUGGCCUGAAUGCCAAGCGUCAUGUCUGGAGGAAACCUGGCACCAUCCCUAGGGUGAAGCAUGGUGGUGGCAGCAUCAUGCUGUGGGGAUGUUUUUCAGCGACAGGGACUGUGAGACUAGUCAGGAUCGAGGGAAAGAUGAACGGAGCAAAGUAGAGAGAGAUACUUGAUGAAAACCUGCUCAAGAGCUCUCAGGACCUCAGACUGGGGCGAAGGUUCACCUUCCAACAGGACAACGACCCUAAGCACACAGCCAAGACAACGAAGGAGAGGCUUCGGGACAAGUCUCUGAAUGUCCUUGAGUGGCCCAGCCAGAGCACGGACUUGAACCCAAUCGAACAUCUCUGGAGAGACCUGAAAAUAGCUAUGCAGCGACGCUUCCCAUCUAACCUGACAGAGUUUGAGAGGAUCUGCAGAGAAGAAUGAGAGAAACUCCCCAAAUACAGGUGUGCCAAGCUUGUAGCGUCAUACCCAAGAAGACUCAAGUCUGUAAUCGCUGCCAAAGGUGUUUCAACUAAGUACUGAGCAUAUAGAUUGCAAAAUAGUUGGGAAGAGAUUUUUGACGUACCGAUCCCAUGGCAUAGUGUUUAUGAACUGACACGCAAAAUGACACCGGAUUCAAAAAUUAGAAUCUUUCAAUUUAAAUUAAUAUAUAAAAUUCUUGCUACCAAUAGAAUGUUAUUUAUAUGGGGGAUACAAUCUUCCCAGCACUGCAGAUUUUGCUGUGAGGAGACAGAAUCAUUGGAUCAUUUGUUUUGGUUCUGUCCAUUUGUAGCUUGUUUUUGGACACAGGUCCAGGAAUGGCUAAAGGAUUGCAAUAUUUACCUGGAGCUAACCUUGCAGAUAGCAUUACUGGGUGAUCUGAAAAGUCAUAGUCAAUCGAUCAAUUAUAUAAUAAUACUUUUAGCAAAGAUGUUUAUUUUCAAUUCACAAUCUGUAGAAGCAAUGAUAAUAGAAAGGUUCAGAACUUUUGUAAAACAUCACAGUACGGUUGAAAUAUAUAUGGCAAAUAGAAAUCCUAUAUGGAUGGUGUUAAGAGAUAGAUGGGAGGUAUUGAAUGGAGUUGAAGGAUGGGACUAAUAACAAAUAACAACAAAUAAUAACAAGAUAACUAAUAAUGUAAGCAUACUGUGUCCAUAAUAAGUAUAUAGGUUGUAUGUUGGGAGCUUUUGGGAAAGAGCACAGUUAGAAAGAUAUGGCAUAUAGAAGCAAACCGGAUGGACAUCAUGAAAAUGAUCGGAGAGGUUGAGAGUAGAAGAAGUUCAGGAGCAAAAACAAAUAAAAUAUAAUUAUUGUAAAAUGAACUGUGUCCAUAAGAUGUAGAUAGUAAGUAUAGGCUGGAAGUAGAGGGCAUUGUUGUUCACAAAUUUACCCCAAGUAGGGAAAGGAUGGCGGGGUUGAAAAGGAAUAAAGGGGAGUGUAUAUAUAUAUAUAUAUAUAUAAAAAACAAGGGGGAUUGGAAGUGAUGCAGAAAAUUACAUUGAUGGAAGUUACAAUCUAUCUGCAAUAUUAAGCUGAUCUACCCCCCCCCAAAAAAAAUGGAUUUAUUGUGAUGGUGUAGGCUAUAUUAAAUAGAUUUAUUAGACUUUUUAAAAUGUAGAUGUUCCAGAGUUCUGCAUCAGUGGCUUGUAGGCUAUGCGUGGAAGCCAGGAGAUGCUAAACGUGUUUAUGUUAAUUAAUAGUAAAUUACCGUGAGACCUGCUUUACAAUCACCGGCUGACAAAAUGUCAUGACCGCGACAGCCCUAGUCUUAAACAAAUCAGAACAGCUAUUUGCUUGGCUUGCUGUGUUGUUGAGCUGGCUGUGUAUAGUGGUUCAUGAUGAGGGUAGAGCUACUCGGGUAUCAAAAGUGUUGAUUAAAUUACUCUUAUGGCACACUGCUAAUUGUUGUACUGUUUAUUAAUAGGGAUCUGCAGCUGGAGAAGUGUAUCAAUCUGUACUGGCGAGAUUACCCCUCAUUCAACACCAUGUUCAAGGGGACCUGCAUCAUAAAUCACGGCAAAAGGCAAAUCACCUCCUCUACAGGGUGUGUAGUCCCCUUUGCACACGGAGAAGAGAGGGCAAGGCUACUACUUUUGUUCUCCCUGAUGGACACAGAAAAAAAACCAGAUUGCUCGUUGUGAUUGAAAUGAUGGUCUGACUCCGAGUGAUAAGGACAGAUGUCUGUUGUCAUGGUCACAGUCUGUAGUCACGGAGCCUGUUGUGACCGUUUGACUGAUGGCCCCCGUGGCCCCACUCUCCUGCAGCCCAGAUGAUGCGUCCAAGCUUCCUGAGGGUGGAGCCUCCCUGUGUUCAGCAGGCUCAGCAGCUUUCUGAGGGGAGAGGAGGCAGCACCCUUCCCCCUUCCUGCCCAGCAUCUGUGAGAGGACCAAUCAUCAUCGUUGUUUAUUAUCAUACACUGUUUCUACCUUUGCCUCAUGAUGACAAGGGAAGGAAAUAUACAGAGCCAUAUACAGUGGGGGAAAAAAAGUAUUUAGUCAGCCACCAAUUGUGCAAGUUCUCCCACUUAAAAAGAUGAGAGGCCUGUAAUUUUCAUCAUAGGUACAUGUCAACUAUGACAGUCAAAUUGAGGAAAAAAAAUCCAGAAAAUCACAUUGUAGGAUUUUUAAUGAAUUUAUUUGCAAAUUAUGGUGGAAAAUAAGUAUUUGGUCACCUACAAACAAGCAAUAUUUCUGGCUCUCACAGACCUGUAACUUCUUCUUUAAGAGGCUCCUCUGUCCUCCACUCGUUACCUGUAUUAAUGGCACCUGUUUGAACUUGUUAUCAGUAUAAAAGACACCUGUCCACAACCUCAAACAGUCACACUCCAAACUCCACUAUGGCCAAGACCAAAGAGCUGUCAAAGGACACCAGAAACACAAUUGUAGACCUGCACCAGGCUGGGAAGACUGAAUCUGCAAUAGGUAAGCAGCUUGGUUUGACGAAAUCAACUGUGGGAGCAAUUAUUAGGAAAUGGAAGACAUACAAGACCACUGAUAAUCUCCCUCGAUCUGGGGCUCCACGCAAGAUCUCACCCCGUGGGGUCAAAAUGAUCACAAGAACGGUGAGCAAAAAUCCCAGAACCACACAGGGGGACCUAGUGAAUGACCUGCAGAGAGCUGGGACCAAAGUAACAAAGCCUACCAUCAGUAACACACUACGCCGCCAGGGACUCAAAUCCUGCAGUGCCAGACGUGUCCCCCUGCUUAAGCCAGUACAUGUCCAGGCCCGUCUGAAGUUUGCUAGAGUGCAUUUGGAUGAUCCAGAAGAGGAUUGGGAGAAUGUCAUAUGGUCAGAUUAAACCAAAAUAUAACUUUUUGGUAAAAACUCAACUCGUCGUGUUUGGAGGACAAAGAAUGCUGAGUUGCAUCCAAAGAACACCAUACCUACUGUGAAGCAUGGGGGUGGAAACAUCAUGCUUUGGGGCUGUUUUUCUGCAAAGGGACCAGGACGACUGAUCCGUGUAAAGGAAAGAAUGAAUGGGGCCAUGUAUCGUGAGAUUUUGAGUGAAAACCUCCUUCCAUCAGCAAGGGCAUUGAAGAUGAAACGUGGCUGGGUCUUUCAGCAUGACAAUGAUCCCAAACACACCGCCCGGGCAACGAAGGUGUGGCUUCGUAAGAAGCAUUUCAAGGUCCUGGAGUGGCCUAGCCAGUCUCCAGAUCUCAACCCCAUAGAAAAUCUUUGGAGGGAGUUGAAAGUCUGUGUUGCCCAGCGACAGCCCCAAAACAUCACUGCUCUAGAGGAGAUAUGCAUGUAGGAAUGGGCCAAAAUACCAGCAACAGUGUGUGAAAACCUUGUGAAGACUUACAGAAAACGUUUGACCUGUGUCAUUGCCAACAAAGGGUAUAUAACAAAGUAUUGAGAAACUUUUGUUAUUGACCAAAUACUUAUUUUCCACCAAAAUUUGCAAAUAAAUUCAUUAAAAAUCCUACAAUGUGAUUUUCUGGAAUUUUUUUCUCAUUUUGUCUGUCAUAGUUGACAUGUACCUAUUAUGAAAAUUACAGGCCUCUCUCAUGUUUUUAAGUGGGAGAACUUGCACAAUUGGUGGCUGACUAAAUACUUUUUUCCCCCACUGUAUAUCGCUCUGGAAAUAUAUACAAUACACUUUUUUUCCCAAGAGAUAAUGGCCAUGUAUGGGGGAGUUUAGAGUUGGCUUGCGAUAUCAACAUCUCCAGUAGGGGGUGCCACUGACAACUGAAAACCCUGCAAAGGAAUUUGCAUUUACAGUGAGGGGAAAAAAGUAUCCCCUGCUGAUUUUGUAUGUUUGCCCACUGACAAAGAAAUGAUCAGUCUAUAAUGUUAAUGGUAGGUUUAUUUGAACAGUGAGAGACAGAAUAACAACAAAAAAAUCCAGAAAAACGCAUGUCAAAAAUGUUAAAUUCAUUUGCAUUUUAAUGAGAGAAAUAAGUAUUUGACCCCCUCUCAAUCAGAAAGAUUUCUGGCUCCCAGGUGUCUUUUAUACAGGUAACGAGCUGAGAUUAGGAGCACACUCUUAAAGAGAGUGUCUCCUGAGUGGCGCAGUGGUCUAAGGCGCUGCAUCGCAGUGCUAACUGUGCCACUAGAGAUCCUGGUUCGAAUCCAGGCUCUGUCGCAGCCGGCCGCGACCGGGAGACUCAUGGGCGGCGCACAAUUGGCCCAGCGUCGUCCAGGGUAGGGGAGGGAAUGGCUGGCAGGGAUGUAGCUCAGUUGAUAGAACAUGGCGUUUGCAACGCCAGGGUUGUGGGUUUGAUUCCCACGGGGGGCCAGUAUAAAAAAAUAUGUAUUCACUAACUGUAAGUCGCUCUGGAUAAGAGCGUCUGCUAAAUGACUAAAAUGUAAAUGUAUAAAAGACACCUGUCCACAGAAGCAAUCAAUCAAUCAGAUUCCAAACUCUCCACCAUGGCCAAGACCAAAGAGCUCUCCAAGGAUGUCAGGGACAAGAUUGUAGACCUACACAAGGCUGGAAUGGGCUACAAGACCAUCGCGAAGCAGCUUGGUGAGAAGGUGACAACAGUUGGUGCGAUUAUUCGCCAAAUGGAAGAAACAGAAAAUAACUGUCAAUCUCCCUCGGCCUGGGCCUCCAUGCAAGAUCUCACCUCGUGGAGUUGCAAUGAUCAUGAGAACGGUGAGGAAUCAGCCCAGAACUACACGGGAGGAUCUUGUCAAUGAUCUCAAGGCAGCUGGGACCAUAGUCACCAAGAAAACAAUUGGUAACGCACUAUGCCGUGAAGGACUGAAAUCCUGCAGCGCCCACAAGGUACCCCUGCUCAAGAAAGCACAUAUACAAGGCCGUCUGAAGUUUGCCAAUGAACAUCUGAAUGAUUCAGAGGAGAACUCAGUGAAAGUGUUGUGGUCAGAUGAGACCAAAAUCGAGCUCUUUGGCAUCAACUCAACUCGCCGUGUUUGGAUGAGGAGGAAUGCUGCCUAUGACCCCAAGAACACCAUCCUCACCUUCAAACAUGGAGAUGGAAACAUUAUGCUUUGAGGGUGUUUUUCUGCUAAGGGGACUGGACAACUUCACCGCAUCAAAGGGACGAUGGACGGGGCCAUGUACCGUCAAAUCUUGGGUGAGAACCUCCUUCCCUCAGCCAGGGCAUUGAAAAUGGUUCGUGGAUGGGUAUUCCAGCAUGACAAUGACCCAAAACACACGGCCAAGGCAACAAAGGAGUGGCUCAAGAAGAAGCACAUUAAGGUCCUGGAGUGGCCUAGCCAGUCUCCAGACCUUAAUCCCAUAGAAAAUCUGUGGAGGGAGCUGAAGGUUUGAGUUGCCAAACGUCAGCCUCAAAACCUUAAUGACUUGGAGAAGAUCUGCAAAGAGGAGUGGGACAAAAUCCCUUCUGAGAUGUGUGCAAACCUGGUGGCCAACUACAAGAAACGUCUGACCUCUGUGAUUGCCAACAAGGGUUUUGCCACCAAGUACUAAGUCAUGUUUUGCAGAGGGGUCAAAUACUUAUUUCCCUCAUUAAAAUGCAAAUCAAUUUAUAAAAUUUUUGACAUGCAUUUUUCUGGAUUUAUUUGUUGUUAUUCUGUCUCUCACUGUUCAAAUAAACCUACCAUUAAAAUUAUAGACUGUUCAUGUCUUUGUCAGUGGGCAAACGUACAAAAUCAGCAGGGGAUCAAAUACUUUUUUCCCUCACUGUACAUCAGGGAUCAUCAACUAGAUUCAGCUGUGGGACAAAUUAUUUUCUUUUUUCUUGAGCGAAUGGUCAGGGGGCCAAAACAUAAAUGCAAAUAAUUUGUAGAAUGCAAAUUGACUCAAUAAGCCCAAACAGAUAUAUUUGACUAAAACAAUCAUUUCAAACCUUACUUACAUUUGUAUACAAUCAUAUAUCUCUGCAUUAUGCGUGGGAAUACGUUCUAACAGAUUUCCUAAAUUAAAAUCACUUGGAGCUGAUAUGCUGUUUGUUUUUUUAACAUUCUUAUUGCUGCCAGUUGGGGAACCCUGAUUUACAUUGUCCUUGGUGUGAGGUAAGUAGACAUAACCUUUGGCUUGGUUAGCUACAGCACAGCUAGAUGACCUCACGACAUGACUGACAUGGUACAUAAAUUCUGUUUUGACAAUAAAUGGUUUCUGGAUAUUUUGAGUGACCAAUGUCAACACAUAGUCAUCCGUGUUCUAAAUAAACAUGCUACUCCCUGGGUUGAUUGGAAGUCCCCUAGCACCCGUGGAGCCAAUGGCAGGUCGUGCUCUAAUAGGAUUUCCUUUUUAAAAGGGGUCAUCAAGCAUUAACACGCAUGCUCUGUUUAAAUGUCAAAUAGCUAUGAUAUAAAGCUUCAUGCCAAUCAGAGAGGGAGAGACGGAAGCAUUUUUGCUGUGUGUAAAGACAGAGGGAAUGUAUGUGUGAGAGUAAGAGACUGUGUGUGUGUGUGUUUGACACAGCGAGUGUGUGUCUGUGUACUCUACUAUAAUUAAGCCCUGGUCGGAUGUAGGGCUGAAUUACAGGUGGGUGGGGUGGAGGAGGCUGUUCUGUGCUGAUGACCAGGCCUUGUGCGUCUCCUCCCGUCAGGCUAAGUGAGGUGACUCAUGUCACUGCUGAGAGACUGACAGCCUGUCAUACAAUUACAGAAUCUAUUUACCUCAUCACUGUCUCUCUCUCGCUUACGCCUUCAAUCUCUAUCUCGCUUACUCUGUGUCUCUCACUCCCUCUCUCUCUCUCACUCCCUCUCUCUCUCUCACUCCCUCGCUCUCUCUCACUCCCCAACUCUCUGUCUGUCUCUCUCAACAGACCAGACGCUGACGUUUGUUUCUCUGUCUUCUUCUGCCUCUUUCGCUCCCUCCCCCUCUCAAAGCUACGCCCUGUACAUCAUUGGAGAUGGCAAUGCCACUUCAGUUGGAUGUUUCAAAGUAUUUGGCUAAGCUCUCUGCAGGUGGGUUUCUGUGUGUGUGUGUGUGAUUAAUGAACAGUAUGCCCCAAGAUUCCCUGUGACAUGCCUUACACAUGCCCACAUGUCUCCGACAUGCUUGUCACAGCGGUCAGUCACUGACAAGGUUGAAAGGCGUUUGUACCAUGUCCAUCCUGUUUUUUUUAAUGUAAAGAGUUCAUUUGGCCAUUGUUAUGAUGCAAAAUGCAUGUAUUUUGAAAGUUAUAGAUCUUGAAAACUUCAUUGCUAACAAGCUGAACAUUUUGGGACUAUAUCAACAAUGGACUAAUGAAACAAUUACCAAAAUAUCAUUUUUGGGUGGAAGUUCCCUUUAAGUCUCCAAAUAAAUAUUAUUUGGCAUUUUGGAAAGAAGUAUGCAUUCUGGUGAUGAUUGUGAGGCUGAAAGGCCUCUUGGCUUCUUUUGUCGUUCCCCUGUUUUCUCUGAUGACCCAUUUCACACUUCCUGUUCUGUGACAACUGACCUACAGCCCUCACAUGGCAUCUCUCAUCUCUCUCUCACAGGCCAGAAAACUGUAAUUGCAGCAGCUUUGAGGAGGUGAAAACCUACCUGGAACACAUUUAGCCUGAAUCAGUUCAUUCUUACAGACUCUUGAUUCCCCUAUAAAGCCACAAGAAGAGUUCACUCACUUUAUGUCCCUCUAGUAAUAGUAACAACUACGAACUAGACUCUUGUGCUAAGGUUUUAACCAUGCUUUUCCAACGUAAGACUUCAUUUUCACUGUCAACUCUACACGUUUGUAAUACCUGUUUCUUUUCCAGACAUAGCCGUAUGAAGCCUGACGCUCCAAAUAAGUUUGUCUGAAAAGCUUGUUGUUUGGCUAACAUCAGCAGGUAAGACUCUACAUUAGGCCUAGAAACAUCUCCACAGCCUGUCUAAUGUUGCUUUGUUAUAGAGACUUUGCUAGUGUGAGACUCUUACAUUAAUGUGUUGUGUUUAGGUUUCACAUUGAAAGACCUGGAAUCCGCGCUCUUUGGUGUGGCUCUGCUCAUCAGAUGCGAUCUACCAGUGUCGAGAGUAACUCUGCUCUGACUGGUCAGAGGAUGUCUGCCUGUUGAUUGGGUGAAAGGACCUCACCAAGAAAGCACACAAAGUGACCGUGGCCAAAUGCAAAGCUGUAAGUUUGAGUUUUGGGGGUUAUUGGACAGUUUGGGCUUCGUCCUUUACAACCUUGUGGAUUUGGAGUUAAUGUUUGUCUGUUUUGUGUGUGUGCGCAUUCAGACGGUGGGUCCGGUGCUUAUGCUGGAGGCUCCAGCCUCCACAGACGCAGACAAGGAGGUUGUUAUGACUGAUCUGAACCAGGAUGUGAUUGGUCUCAUCUGGAGCCAGGACCUGCAUGUCCAGGAGGCCAGAUGUCUCCUCCAGAGCUCCCGACCAGUCAGGCUCAGCGUGGUCCACCUGGCUGAGGUCAGCGACCACGAGGACGUAGAGGAGAAGGAGAACAAGUGAGUAUCGUUCAAGUGAUGGCAGCUAUCCUAGAUUAUCUCAUUCAAAAGCAGACUGGCCCAGGUUAUAGACAAUAUCCAUUAAUAAUCUGAAUAGUUUCAAGCAUGUACUGUAGGUGUGCUCUGUAGUUAGCAUUUGGUCUGUAGUUGUGCUGACUGUUGUUCUGAUGUCCCUCCCUCCUUCCUUCCCUCCCUCCCUCCCGGCAGAGACCUGUUCACCAUCUUCUCCUACCACCCUGUGUCAACAGAGCCCCUACCAGUGUUCAAACUCAACCUUACUGGUACUGUAUCCCUCAGGCUUUUCUCAUACCUGUGUGUGUGUGUCAGUCUGAGAGGAGGUGUCUGUGUAGGGUGUCCAAUCAAAAAUGCAUAUUUUGACCAAUGGGUAAAAUAAAGUUAAUUGUGUAAAUAAUCCUCUAUGAAAACCAACGGUCCAAACCUCAAGUCUCUAUCAUAAUCUGUUCAAAACUUAUUGGAGUUUUUACCCUGUCACGCCCUGGCCGUGAGAGGCCGGUUGUCUUUAGUUGGUUUGGUCAGGGCGUGAGGAUCUAUGUUAGUAUUUCUAUGUUUAGGAUCUAGAUGUGUAUUUCUGUUUGGCCGGGUGUGAUUCCCAAUCAGAGGCAGCUGUCACUCGUUGUCUCUGAUUGGGGAUCAUACUUAGGUAGCCCAUUGCCUACUGUGUAUUGUGGGAUCUUGUUCCUGUUAGGCUGGUGUGUGUAUAGCCCUUUGGACUUCACGUUACGUUGUUUCUUGUUUUGUUUAUUGAGUUUAAUAAACAUGUACGCUUUUCACGCUGCACCUUGGUCUGACCCGUCUCUCAACGAUCGUGACAGAAGAUCCCACCAAACGAGGACCAAGCAGCGUGGCCAGGAGCGGACAUCCUGGACAUGGGAGGAGAUCCUGGAUGGUAAGGGAUCUUGGACAUGGGAGGAGAUCCAGGCUGGGAUGGAUCACCGUCCUUGGGAACAGACAGAGGAGGCCCGGGUUAGAGAGGAGCAACGGCAACACAGAAGGUGCCGGCCGAGGAGGAAGCCCGAGAGACAGCCCCAAUACAUUUUUUGGGGGGGGGGGCUAAAAGGGUGGUCGGGGAUCGAUAGAGAAGAGCCCCGACCACUGCACUCGUGGGGGCUCAAGGAGGAGUCCUCACUGGAGGAGGACUGGGCGCGGAGAGUAAAAGACUGGUACAGUCAGAGAUCUCUAAUGACAGUUCCCAGUCCAGUACGGCCCGUCCCUGCUCCUCGCACCAAACCAGUGGUGCGUGUUCCCAGUCCAGUCCGGUACGGCCCGUGCCUGCUCCCCGCACCAAACCAGUGGUGCGUGUCGCCAGCCCGGUACGCCCCAUUCCUGUUCCUCGCACCAAACCAGUGGUGCGUGUAUCCAGUCCAGUACGGCCCGUACCUACUCUCGCACCAAACCGCCGGUGUGUGUCGCCAGCCCGGUACGCCCCGUACCUGCUCCCCGCACCAAGCCAGUGGUGCGUGUUCCCAGUCCGACCCGGCCCGUUCCUGCUCCUCGCACCAGACCUGUGGUGCGUGUUCCCAGUCCGGCCCGGCCUGUUCCACCGGUGCCUGGUCCAGCAACGGUCAGCGGCUUCAUUCCGGAGUCAGAGCAUUUCGCUCCACCGGGGUCCAGUCCAGCUCCGGUCAGCGGCUCCACUCCGGAGCCAGAGUAUUCCGCUCCACCGGGGUUCAGUCCAGCUCCGGUCAGCGGCUCCACUCCGGAGCCAGAGCAGUCCGCUCCACCGGUGCCCAGUCCAGCUCCGGUCAGCGGAUCCAUUCCGGAGACAGAGCAGUCUGCUCCACCGGUUUCUUGUCCAGCUCCGGUCAGCGGUUCCACUCCGGAGCCAGAGCAGUCCGCUCCACCGGGGUCCAGUUCAGCUCCGGUCAGCGACUCCACUUCAGACCCAGAAGUCAGCCCCUCUCCAGGGUCGGGGCCUCCCACACCAGGGUCCAGACAGGGCUUGGUGCAUCGCGGGAGGAUUGCCGAUCCAGGCCCAGACGUCAGCCCCUCUCCAGGUUUGGGGUCUCCCACACCAGAGUCCAGACAGGGCUUGGUGCAUCGUGGGAGGAAAGAGAGUGGAAGCAUCGCGCCUAGUUAGUUAGUUGGUUUGGUCAGGGCGUGAGGAUCUAUGUUAGUAUUUCUAUGUUUAGGAUCUAGAUGUGUAUUUCUAUGUUUGGCCGGGUGUGAUUCCCAAUCAGAGGCAGCUGUCGCUCGUUGUCUCUGAUUGGGGAUCAUACUUAGGUAGCCAUGUUGCCUACCUUAGUUGUGGGAUCUUGUUCCUGUUAGGCUGGUGUGUAUAGCCCUUUGGACUUCACGUUACGUUGUUUCUUGUUUUGUUUAAUGAGUUUAAUAAACAUGUGCGCUUUUCAUGCUGCACCUUGGUCUGACCGGUCUCUCAACGAUCGUGACAUACCCGUGUAGGAUGGCCAGAAUUAGGGUGACUAAAUCAAUGAAGUGUUUUCAUAUUUUAGUAUAUGCUUUUCAUAUUAAUUCGAAAUCGCUGUUCUUUUUCAAAGAUUUCUCACAAAACGAGCGUAUCGCUGUGAAAUGUCAACGGAGCACUGAGUGUAUACCAAGCUUUUAAUUUUCAAAGCCUUUUAAAUUUAAUUCAGCUCCUUUCACGCCCAUUUAGCUUUUUGUGACCCCCGGAAACAACUUUAUGGAAGACCACCUCAACAUGUAAAAUCCUCAAGUCACUGCCAGAAAGCGAUACCGCUCCGUCAACAGCUUGGUGCUUAUUAUAGGAUGUAUUAGGGAACGAAAUCCGACUUUUUGGAUAUAAUAUUAAUGAUAUGUUAGAGAAAGACCCCACUGAAUGAUUCAGAACAUGAAGAAAAUCAUAUUUGUCUUGGUAAAAUGUAUUUUUAUAAAAUAAGAAAGUGAAAUUUCGUCACCAAAGCGUGUUUUACACCCACUCCGGGCAGAGUGGGUGGACACCUAGUCUGUGUCUUCAAACACGUUUACAGAACUAGUUAUGUCAAAGCAUCAAAUACAGGAGUAUGUUGUUUUUCCUUUGAAGGGCUUUGAAGAUCUGAGUAAAAAGGCUCUAUAUAAGUUCCAUUUCUGGAUGCGUUUGAACAGCAGCCCACAAGAAGCCACACAAAAGGCUCACUUCAGUAAGUCUGGAGCCAUCAUUCCAGCUGGUUUUUCAGUGUGUUGUGUUUUAGGGCAAGGGAAAUAUUGCAAUGUGUGUGAUCACUGUCCUGAGAAGCAGAAACGUAUUUAGAGCCCGGCAGGCCAUGUUUACAUUGGUCUUUGGUGGCAAUGUGAUUGUGGUCUAAAUGUAAGUCGAGAAUGCAUGCGUGUAGGAUUGGUCACAACCUGAUAUGGAGUCUUGUGGUAGAUCUGAACAGUGGGAACAUUGACCUUCCUCCCAAAAAGACGAGCUGGUCCAGCUUUCACAACGGGGUGGCUGCAGGCCUGAAGAUCGCCUCAGCCUCCCAGGUAGACUCUGCCUGGAUGGCCUACAACAAACCCAAGAGCCUCGAUCAGGCCAACGAGUACACAGGCUUCCUCAUGGCUCUGGGCCUCAACAGGCACCUCAGCAAGCUGGCCACACUCAACAUACAUGUCUACUUCACCAAGGUGAGUGUGCAUGCAAACACAUACAGUCACACACAAUUACAGUAUCUCACAUACACACACAGUCACACACACACACACACACACAGUCACACACACACGUUUUCGCUAACCACAAACCAAGUCACUUCUGCAGCCCUCAUUCUGAGAAAGGCCAGUGAAGCCACCAGCUGCUCUGGGGUUGAGUAAAGUUUUUCUCAUUAAUUGUUUUUAAGCUUCACUAGAUUGCAUUGGUUUUAGAAGAAUUCGUCUCUCAGCAUCCUGUUAUUUUUCUCACAUGAAAGUGGGAAGGCCUCUGUGCGCUCAGAGGAGAGUUUCACUUUGACUUAUCCCUGGCAGUGACGCAUAGCAACUUUCUCAUUUCUACUAAAGAAGGCCACGUGGUCAUAUCUAACACAUCUGUCAGCUCAGGAAAUAUCAGCGGUUAUUUACUAGAAUAUAUAGUAGUAUGUUUUACUACUAUUCUCGUUCUUGCUAGCAUGUCAUCUGUGCCAGGAAAGAUAAGCUGAUAUUUGACCACAGCAACGUGUUAACUUUUUAAAAGUCUGCUGCUGGUACUGUUAUGGUCUAAUACAGCAGCCCUUGAUAGGUCAAAAUGAAUGUUGAAUGAUUUAAGUAUGAAAGGGGUCAGCUGAUUUAUGCAAAAUGAGUACUUUGAAAUGUUCUCAUUAGUUUCCUUUAUGUCAUUGUGUGAUGAUGGAGAAAACAACUACUUUGAUGCAGUGUAGUUUGGAUCCUCCAAAAAGAGGAAUAGGGCGAAAAAUUGUCCUCACUCAGCAUAUGUUGAGCAAAGAGCUGUGAUCUGUUAUAACCUUGUUGUUUUAUACCCGCUCCACAUUCAGCCCUACACAGUCACUCAUUCAACUCAUAAUCUCUCUAUUAAACAAGUGAACCCCGCUAAGUAGGAAGUCCAUGGGGGACUAAUGAAAAUGGCUGCCAGUGUGUCCUCAGGGCCAUGAGAUGACCAGCAUCGGGCAGCUACUGGGUGUGUCUGGAGCCAAGCUGAGCACCAUGGACAUGUCAAUCACCCGCCUGUUGAGUAUCCACAUCCCCGCACUGCUCCCACCCACCUCCACUGACCUGGACGUACCGCACAACGUGCAGGUGGCGGCCAUGCUGGGCAUCGGCCUGGUCAACCAGGACACGGGCCACCGCCACAACGCAGAGGUGUGCUCGCCUGAGAUCGGUUAG